CUAGGACUUCACAUAUGCAUGCAUAAAGCCGAUCAUCCACGGAUCUCGCUGGAACCUCAUGGAACUCCACACGCCCGGACAUCGUUCAUUUCGAUUGGCUAGGAGCAAUCAACCCGUUCACGUGUUGGUGUGCAACCAGUACGAAACCGGCGACCUAACACCGACCUCCAGCAACUCAAAUUUAACAGCACAUCCACCUCGUACAAAUUGAACUGAAAGCAAAAGCUCACUUUAACAAUGGGACGCGACUGUUGCGGUCCGUCGGCACGUACCCCCCAGCCUGAUUUUAUGCCAAUCUCGGCUCCAAUUAAGGAGGCAAGCAGUUGCCCGGACGCUUGCUGCGUUAGCGACGACACUGAGCGUCUUGACACCAUGGUGCCGGGUCAGCGACAGCCCACCCUGGAGAAACCAGAUGAUGGCUGCUCUCCCGGUGAGAUCAUGGACAGUCAAACCGAGAAUAACACGGAUGCGCCCUACUGUUGCCGUGGCAAAGUCCACCCAUGCUGCGACACGUCUUGCCUUGACCGCUUAGCUAUGCGGGAAUGCGAAAUGAGUGCCGGGGCUGCCCACGGCCGAGACGGUCAGCCCACCACUUGCGGUGGAGCCGACCCCAAGGCAUGCAGCCAACAUAGUCUCUCUGUCCUCGACCGCUAUGGCGCCACUCUACAAGCCCUGGGAUGUAUCUGCCGCGCGCUCAUCGCUCUUGGCCAGGAAAGUUGCUGCGAAAUCCGCGAGCGCUAUUCCCUGGACGGGAAACAGUGCUCCAAAAAGUCAUCUGUUCGCUCCCUUCUUCGCAAUUCACUGGAUUCCUGCAGUAGCAACGACGCCGUCGUCAAGGACCAGGCGGCCCAGAAGCGUCUUCGCCUACGAAGGGACAUUGGGGAAAGCGCCAGGUCUAUCAAGAAUCUGUUCGUGGAUUCCUGUGUUGUCUCUUCUUGUUCGGAGGACAAUCCCAUUAAAGAGGCGCCCGUCAAAAGUAAGUGCUCGAAGCCGUGUUGCUCUGAGGGCAAACCUGCCAAGGAACCUUGGCCAAAGAGUAACUACAGCGACUCUUGCUGCACGGACGACAUGGCUAUAAAAGAAGGCCCAAAGGAAACCCAGUGCUCCUGCUCUUGCCGCUCCGAGGACCCGGCCGCUACAUCUUCAUCCGCCGAGUCUUGCUACUCCUUCAAAAAGCCCGAGAAGCAGCCUGCUGCCCAGACUGGGAGCCUUGAUUUUGGCUGCUCGGAGACGUCCCAUGUCAAACAAUUUCCCCCCACGGCCGGCUGUUUCAGAUCUUGUUGCCCCAGAGACAAGCGUACAAAAGACAUUGACACCAAGAGCAUUCAUGGGGUUUCGUGCUGUUCUAAGGACAAUACCGUUGUCGCGCCCCCUACCAGUAAGGGGGCUGGAUCUUGUUGCAGAGCAGCUAAAAAUACGAUCAUCAGAAAGCCGCCCAAAGCCGCCGCCUCUGGCUCUUGCUGCAAUCUACAGACGCAGGAUACCAUGGAGCCUCCAAAGACUAACUCCGCAGACUCUAGCUGUGCAGAAAGACAGCCGGUCAAGCUUCAAGUCUCUCGCGCAGAUGCUUGCUGCUCCUCUGCUGCCUUCAGUCCUAGUGUAAAGACUAAGCGAGCUCCGAUUCAGGAUAUCGCCGACAUAGAGAAUCAGGGUACCGGCAAGGAACAUGUUGUUCUCAGUAUCUCUGGCAUGACGUGUACUGGUUGCGAGACAAAACUCAACCGAACGCUCGCUACUGUCCCCGCCGUCAAAGACCUGAAAACCAGUCUGGUUCUUUCACGAGCCGAGUUUAACAUCGAUCUUUGCCUCGGCUCAGUAGAGGAGGUCAUGAAGCAUCUGGAGCGAACAACUGAAUUCAAGUGCGAAAGAGUCCAGAACCAGGGAUCUAGCCUGGACCUUAUCGUCCCCGAUGGGCCCUCGAAAUUCAUUAGUCAGACAUGGCCGGACGGAGUUAUUGAUAUGAUGCCCGUGGACAAACAGAUCGUGCGAGUCGCGUUCGAUCCGAAGAUCGUGGGCGCUCGAGACCUCACCGAGAAGAUAUGGGGUCCGCCAAUUGAACUUGCUCCUCCGCGCGGUGACCCUUCGCUAGAGGCUGGCAGCAAGCAUGUUCGACAUGUUGGAUUCAUGACACUUCUCUCCGUUAUCUUGACGAUUCCGGUUCUGGUAAUGGCAUGGGCUCCGCUUCCUGAGAGGGAGGUGGCAUAUUCCUCGGCUUCGCUCACCCUGGCCACUGUUGUUCAAGUUAUCAUAGCAGGACCUUUCUAUCCCAAGGCCCUGAAGGCUCUCGUUUUCUCAAGGGUUAUCGAGAUGGACCUCUUGAUUGUCUUGAGCACUAGUACUGCCUACAUCUUCUCGGUGGUCGCCUUUGGGUACCUCAUUGCAAGAAACCCCCUUUCAACUGGUCAAUUCUUUGAAACAAGCACUCUCCUGGUUACCUUGAUCAUGGUUGGUCGAUGGGUUGCCGCUCUUGCUCGUCAGAGAGCUGUUGAAUCCAUUUCUAUCCGGUCACUUCAGGCAUCCACAGCUAUCCUUGUCGACAAAGGGAGCGGAACGGAACGGGAAAUCGACGCCAGACUUCUUCAAUAUGGUGACACCUUCAAAGUUCUUCCUGACAUGAGGAUCCCGACCGACGGCACUGUUAUCAAUGGGUCGUCUGAGGUUGACGAAUCCAUGCUCACUGGUGAAUCUAGACCGGUGGAGAAAUAUCCCAAGUCUGUGGUGAUAGCUGGGUCUAUCAAUGGCCCUGGAGUCAUGACUGUUCGCCUGAACCGUUUGCCUAGCGAUAAUACUAUUAAUGCUAUCGCUGCAAUGGUUGAUGAGGCUAAACUGUCGAAACCCAAGCUGCAGGAUCUCGCAGACCGGGUAGCAUCCUACUUUGUCCCGGUUGUUGUGGCAUUGACGAUCAUCACGUUCGUUAUCUGGGUUGCAGUGGGCGUGACUAUCCGUGGAUAUGAUGGGUCCGAAGCUACAAUCCGGGCUGUCACCUAUGCCAUUACUGUCCUCAUUGUGUCUUGCCCCUGCGCUAUCGGACUGGCCGUUCCUAUGGUCAUUGUAAUUGCUAGCGGAGUGGCGGCGGAAAGAGGUAUUAUCUUCAAGUCCGCAGAUGCUAUUGAAGUCGCUCAUAAGACAUCGCACGUCGUGUUUGAUAAGACUGGGACCUUGACUCGGGGAAAGCUAUCUGUCGUCGCGAAGAACUGCGUCGACGAAGACAAGCUCCCGCUUCUUCUAGGCCUCGUCGAAAACAGCCGACACCCAGUCUCAGUUUCUGUGGCUGCUUACCUUAAGGAUACUGGAGUUAUGGCCUUAACUGUUCCUGAGCCUAAGAGCUUUACUGGUAAAGGUGUCGAAACCACCGUGGGCGGCCGGAGACUCCAAGCAGGCAAUUCCCGCUGGCUGAACUUAUCGGAACAUGAACUUGUUCAACCAAUGCUUGCUCAAGGAUACACUGUUUUCUGCUUUUCUAUCGACAAUGCGUUAUGUGCGGUCUUUGCUCUUGAAGAUGAGCUUCGACCUGACGCUGCGGGGACGAUCAAGACCUUGCAGAAGCGUGGUGUCUCGGUACACGUGGUUUCUGGCGACGAUGACGGAGCUGUUCAGACAUUAGCGUCCAAGCUUAGCAUUCCUGGCAACAAUGUUCGUUCUCGAAGCUCGCCCGCCGACAAGAGGGAUUACAUCCAGACGCUCCUUGGUACAGGUGCAGACCGCAAGGAACCGGUUGUUGUUUUCUGCGGUGACGGCACCAAUGACGCCGUUGCUCUCGCGCAGGCUACGAUCGGCGUCCACAUGAACGAAGGCACAGAUGUCGCGCAAUACGCCGCGGAUGUGGUUCUCAUACGGCCUUCUCUGGCUGGCAUCACCACCAUGAUGGACUCCAGUCGGAAAUCUGUCAACCGCAUCAAGUUCAAUUUUGCAUGGAGCUUCGUGUACAACACCUUUGCAGUCCUUCUCGCUGCGGGUGCUUUUGUCAAUGCGAGAAUUCCUCCACAGUUUGCGGGACUAGGAGAGUUGGUGAGUGUGUUACCAGUAAUUGCCGCCGCGUUGCUUCUACGCUGGCCGAAGACCUAGGCACGGAGAACCAUUAUUGUAGGAGUGACACCGGCUGAUUUCAUAAACUCUCCUCGACGUACAAUUGAGAACAUCGUUCUGAAGACGGGAUGGGACAUCUCCUAUUCAUAUUCAAGCUCGGCUCGCAAUCGCAGGUUGCUGCAAUUCUGUCGUUAUCGAAGGUCGUUGACCUAGCCUCAAGUGAUGUAGAGGCAAAUUCUAAGACAUUCAUUAAUGUGAUUAUUCUUUUGAACACGCAGCCUUGCAAUGCUGUGCAAGUCGUUAGUUAAACUAUCGUCCAAUUGUUCAGCGGGUUCAAGCGCCACGUGUUCAACCUCAUGUUAGCAACUUUCACAUAAAGAGAUUCCGCCAUGAGGGAUUCCCUAAUAACGAUCACAUUGUGAGGUUUAUUUCCAGUUAUAUUUCAGGAAUGAUAUGCUUUACGUGUAUUAACAGUUAUGAGAGGUGAAUUGUAGUAUAUAUUAAGAUUCAAGAAUAUGAGAAAACAAACCUAGCAGUGAAACAAUUCCACGACCUUUUGUAAAGAUUUCGUGUGCAUAGGUUUUAUGCAAGCUUACCUAAAGUUUAUGUAGAAGCACAGCGAACCUGAUUAAUAGUAGCACUUUUGCCACUUAUUGAAUUCUACGGGGCGUGCCUGGAUCCAAUCUGAACCAUGGGACUGAGUGAGGAUACCGAUGGACCUCGCUUGCCAGCACCAUGGCCUGUGUGCGAAGCACGCGAAGGGUAGUUUGUACGCUCACCAGCACGCCAGCCAAAUGACUAAGUGGCGAUUUGAUAUAUCGAGGGAUACUGUAAGAUGAAAAGGUUGCUUCCCGCAUGUUCCUAGUUCGUAUAUAAUCAAGAGAUAACUAAAUAAAUGAUUGUUUUUGAUAAAGCGUCAACUCGCCUUCUUGCUGAGAGUCGAACACCAGUAGACCUGUAUCGCGCCCUGACUUCUCCCUGGGUACUGCUUCGAGAAUACCCUCGUCACAUCUGACCAUGAUCGACCUUCGUCCUUCCUCAGCUUCACUAGGAGGUCCACCUCUUUCGUGGACCAUGGCAUACCCUUUCUCGAGCUCUUUUGGACACUCCUGCAAACACUUCGACUUUGGUCGAUCUCAGGCCGGGGGCUUGAGCGACGGCUUUCCCGUGCCUUCAAUUCUUCACAUGCUGUUUGUGAGGUGUCAGACAUGCAGUGAGAUAGUGCACCUUCAAAUAGCCAGGAUAGAAAUUGCAAACGGUCAUUGAGUGGUAGAGACGUGAACUGAGACCGAAGGGCAGCAAAGGAAUCUUCCCUAGGUGCUGACGUGGAGCGAACUCGAGGUGGCUUGCGAAUUCCGCCGUCUGUUUUUAGUGUUUUUCGCUUAAUUUGGUGCUUUCCAUGGCUAUCAGGGAAAGACUGGUCUGGUACGGUGUCGGGCGAGGGAGGGUGCAUUCGUUGGCAGCCAUAACGAAUUUACUGAAUACCGCCAUUAUCACUACCAUCCCUUUCGCCAGGCUCUUCAAAACGGCUAGCUGGACUUCUGAGAAUGGCUGGAGGUUCAGGAUACAGGCAGGUUGUCUCCGGAUUAGUGAUGCCGUCUGCUGGGGGAGCAUGUAGCUGGAGGUCGUCACUCUCCCAAGGCCCGAGAUUGGCAAGAAUUACCGGAUCAAUGGGGAUGUUGUCUUGGGGCGAGUCUGGUAUCCUGAAGAAGUCCUCUAGACUAUCGGUCGAGCUAGAUGUACUUGGAGACGGGGCACUACGCGCUGCGUCAUCAUCCUGGAAUCCAGGCGGCUCGGUAGGGGUCCUAGUCUCGUCCUGAGGAUAGCAGGGGCGGAUCAGAUCCGGAGCAGGAACAUGUGGUCCAGAACUCCGUCGAGACGCGGUACUACGCCCGAAUGUCUCUGACUCCAGCUGGGUGUUGGCAUUGACAUGCACGCAUACUUCGGCCGGCGGUCGCGCCGGAAGGUGAUGUUUGGGAGGCGGCAAAGUGCUUGGAAGUAGAACAUGACAGGGCUCAGAGUUAGGGGUAUUUGAAGUUUGUGGGGAGCACGCAUUGAGUGUUCUGUGUGGUGGAUACGGUUUCGCGGGAAGGGGAGUCCAAGGCUUGAAAUUAUUUAUCUGAAAUGCAGGAAGCAUAUUGUGGGAAUCGGGAUAGUUUUGGAGGUAUAACACGUCGGCAGAGAUGCGAUUUGAAGGGCGAGAGAAAGAACGGAACUGGAGGAGGAAGAGCAGGCUGCGGAAGAAUCAACUUGAGAUGCCCGAAAGUCUCGUGGGCCCCAAUCGCCCCCUUAUACCUCCCUCCUAGGUCCGUUACUGUCCAGCAUCGGCAGAAGCGGCAAGGUAAAAUUCCCUUGCCCGCAAGAUCAUGACCAGUCUGCUGACCUGCCCACACUCACCUGCGUACGCUGGGCUGAAACCAAGAUCUGGUGCCCGGCCCCAAUCGCAUCUCUUCACUGCGAUUCCAAGCGUCGCAUGCCCAAGACACGGAAAUGAAACGGAUGCGGCAAUUUUGCCAUUGGCUGGUGAAACAAGACAAGGAUAUGUGAUCAGAUCCUAGUGGGGUCUGGAAGAUGGCUGUGGGGGGAGAGAUGCAACCCUGUUCACCCGAGCGGCACCGGCAGGCUGCGCGACAAGGGUGGUAGCUGGACGAUCAAGAAACUGCCCUCCCCAUGUCAGAUCUCGGAAGCCCAUGGCAAGCAGUGAACCAGGUUCCUCAUAUCGAAGACUGCAUCGAGGUAGAAGGAAGGGGAUUCAAAAACGACGCGAGGGAAAGAUAAACGGGCUGACAGGAAGUGUGAGCCAAAAGACUCCAAGGUUGCUGAACGCCGCGCGAAAGGCCCCCAAAUCACAAGAGUCAGUGACUGGACAGAAUCACAAAGAAGGUGGAUGGGCUCAUCAACCAAUCGAAGUAAUGGUCACAAGGACUUCAUGUCUCAAUCGUCUAAAUAACCCGUCGUCGACGCCGUAGCUGAAGGGGGCGAAGCGAGGAAGGUGGAGAUGGCGUCGUGCUGGAAAAGGAGCAUGUCCGGAUAACGCGGCAUCUUGAGGAAAAAGCGGGCAGUGCACUGGGCGCCGUGGGACGGGAAGAGGGAAAAGUGGAAGAGAAAGUGCGUGGUCGUUCGAGGGAGGG